AUGAUUAAUCUAGAGUGUGAAGUUGCACCUCUCUUGAGAAAGUUCAUGUAUCUUGCCAAUAUUAUGGUGGCAGGAUAUGUGGCUUGUUUCGCUCUAUUCUUUCCUCAACAGGCACAAUCUGAACUCUUCUAUGGGAAUUCACUUACUGAUGAUGGAAGUACCAUUGCAGUAAUGAUUGUUGGAUGUCAUUGGAUGGCCAUUGUCAUCAUUUCAAUGUUGGGAUUGUUCUUUCCAUUACAAUGUUCCAUCGUUUUCGUUCAUCAAUUGAUUUAUAAGAGUUUGUACUUGUUGUUGGUUGCCUUGCCUGCCAUGUGGAUGAAGAGAGAGGUGCCUCAACCCAUGACCACACUCUUUGCUAUUUGGGUGUUGUUGUUGCCUUUGGUCAUUCCAUGGCAUUACUUGUUUCACAGUGAAGAUAAUAUUUCAGCAAAACCUGUUUCAACAAAACAAGAAUAA